AAACCUCAAAAGUGAAGCCAAGUUGCCUAUAUAUCUAAAUGAACGAAUCAAGUCUAGAGAGAGAAAGUAAACUGCUUUCGGCCAAGCCUUGAAAAACUGGCCUCGUCUAUGCAGUAUUGGGUAGCUAGCUAGGGAAGAAGAAGAAGUGGAAGUGAGGACAUGUAGACAAGAGAGUAUAGAGAUCUACUUCUACGGUUGGAAGUGGGAAUUACACCCAACAACGUUUUUUUUGCAUUUUGUUUUUCAUUUUUUUUCUUCUUAGCCUAUAUUGUCCUAGCUUCUUGAUGUUGUAUCACGAGACAGCAUUCACUUCAUCUAUUUCUCCCAUGGAUGUAGUAUUAUUUUUUUAGUUAGAGAGAGAAAGUGAGCCCCAAAAACUUUUUGGUUCUUCGUGAUUAGACUGUGCUGUGAUCACAAUUCAAUUGGGAAAUUAAAUAAAAAAUGUGGGAUCUCAAUGAUUCGCCGGAUCAGAGGAGGGACGACGAAUCGGAAGGCUGCUCCGACGACAAGGGGAAACGGGUCGGAUCCAUAUCCAAUUCCAGCUCGUCGGCGGUCGUGGUGGAGGACCUCUCCGAGGAGGACGACGACGCCGACAGAGGCGGCUUCCGCAAGCGGAGCAGCAAGAUUUUCGGCUUCUCCGUCGACGAUGACGACGCCGCCCUCGUCACGCGGCAGUUUUUCCCCGUAGACGACUCCGAAGCCGCCGCCGCCGCUGCGGCGGGCGGCGCCGGCUUCCCCCGGGCCCACUGGGUCGGGGUGAAAUUCUGCCAGUCCGAGCCCCACGCCGGCGUGGCCGCCGCCUUCGGCAAGUCGGCGGCGGAGGUGGCGCAGCCGCUGAAGAAGAGCCGCCGUGGGCCCCGCUCCCGGAGCUCCCAAUACCGCGGCGUCACGUUUUACCGGCGAACUGGCCGUUGGGAGUCUCACAUAUGGGACUGUGGAAAGCAGGUUUAUUUAGGUGGAUUCGAUACAGCCCAUGCCGCUGCCCGCGCAUACGAUAGAGCAGCAAUUAAAUUCCGAGGAGUUGAAGCAGACAUCAACUUUAGCAUAGAGGAUUAUGAAGACGACUUAAAACAGAUGAGCAAUCUAACAAAGGAAGAAUUUGUGCACGUACUGCGUCGGCAAAGUACUGGUUUUCCAAGAGGGAGUUCAAAAUAUAGAGGUGUCACAUUGCACAAAUGUGGUAGAUGGGAAGCUAGGAUGGGCCAAUUUUUAGGCAAAAAGUACGUGUAUUUGGGACUCUUCGAUACUGAAGUCGAAGCUGCAAGGGCUUAUGAUAAAGCCGCCAUAAAAUGUAAUGGGAAGGAAGCUGUUACCAAUUUCGACCCCAGCAUUUAUGAUGAUGAACUAAAAUCAGCAGAAUCUUCCAACAAUGCAGCAGAUCACAAUCUUGACUUGAGCUUAGGGAAUUCCGCUUCUCCACAAACCGGAUUUCGCGAGCAGCAGCAGCAGCAACAACAACAACAUUCGUUAAGGCCCGAGAGAAGAGAUGGAUAUAACGAGACCGAAACAUUGCAGCUUCUAAGCCAAGCACACCUGCACUCUCCCGAGUCGUUCAGGAUCAGCAGCGAAGCCCCUCGCUACAGCCACCAUCAAGUUUUCAAUAGGCCAUUAUACGCCUCGCAAAACUACCAUUUCUCGGGUGGGGGCGCAGCCGUGGAGGGCGGGAGGAACGCAGGAGGAGAGGUUUCGGUAUCGAGGAAUGAACAGCAAUGGCAAAUGAAUCAAGCUCGAAUGUUUGCUACUGCUGCAGCAUCAUCAGGAUUCCCAUCUGCGCAAACGUUUAGACCUCAAAAUUGGAUUCAGAAAAAUGGGAUGAGACCAUCUUAGUUCAUCUUCAUCUGGCUGCUGUGAUGUCACAUUUUUUCUUCACUUGUGAUUCAGCCAUAAGAGAAUGGAAAAAGAAUAUCUCCAUUUUUCUGUAAGUCUGAAAAGAUUCUUGCUUUCAUCCUCUUUCCCCUUUAUUUUACAUAUUGAAUAACUCUCCCCUUUUUAACGAGGCAUUCGGUUCUCAUGUUUA